AUGUCCGGCGAGGAGGAAGAAGAAUGGCGUGUACUUUACCAGGAGACCUUCGGCUAUCGCCUGCCGCUUUUUCACCCCGAACAUGCCGUUUUUCAGUUUCAACCCGCGCCGAAGCAAAAGUUUACAGACGAAGAGUUCAAUCCGUGGAAGGAGGCCUACGAGCAGUUGAGCCGCGGCGUUCAUGUCAUGAAAAAUUUGGAGCAAUUUGUGGGAGCCGCCGAUAUUCAAUGUUUCGAUCAUAUUGAGGAGGCCUUGAGAUUCCUCGACGAAAACGACGAGGGUGGUCACCACGAAAAGCUGAUCUUCCUGCACGAAGGCACCCAUGAAGUCACGCACACCAUCCGAAUCACCUCCGACGUUCAGAUCCUCGGCGCCUCGGGCUCCGAAGACAUUGCCACGUCCGUGGUACUCACCGGACGCCACGCGACUGUACUGGAAUUCCAGAGCAGCGCCUACAUGGGCUAUGUGACUGUGAAGUAUGAGGUGGACACGGAGCACGAGGCUCACGUGGCUCAGGAUAUGGAGGUGGAUGCUCCCAGAGCUGGUGAAGAGGUGCCUGUGGGGGAGCCCGGCGGAGCUCCUGGAGCUCCUGGAGAGCCUGGAGAGCCCGAGGAAGCCCUGGAACCUGAAAAGUUGCUGGAAGCCCACACGGAUCCCACUACGAAUUGCGCCAUGAUAGUUACCGGGCUGCACGUGGAGCCCAUCAUUGAGCACUGCAAUUUUCAGUCUGGUAAUGCUGACAGUCAUACUGUAGUUGUCAAGGAUCACGCUGCACCGAAGAUGAGAAACUGCACUUGCAUCGGAGGCUCGGGCGGCGGGAUCAUUAUCACACACCACGCUGGCGGCUACUAUGAUAACUGCGAGUUUGCGCAAAAUUUGCAGUCCGGAAUACGUGUGCAAUUCCAGGCGAAUCCAUAUUUCUAUAACUGUCAUGUCCAUCAUCAGGGUGAUGUGGGAAUCUUCAUUUUGGACGAUGGCCUGGGCCAUUUCCAAAACUGUCAAAUCUACGCAAACCAAAAAUUUGCGAUAGAGCUCAAAAGUGCUCAGGCCAACCCCACAGUAACCGAAUGCGAGAUUCAUCACGGGAUGUCAGGCGGCAUAUGCAUCCACGAGGACGCCACCGGCCAAUUUCUGAAAAACCGGCUCCAUCACAACGAAUUCCUCGCGAUUUGGAUAUCAGAAGGUGCGAAUCCGAUUGUUCGGAAAAAUGAGAUUUUCGACGGGAAACACGGCGGAAUUUUUGUGCAUCGGUAUGGAAAAGGGCUCAUCGAGGAGAAUAAGGUGUAUGGGAACGAGUUGGCCGGCAUUUUUGUCGAUACUGGAGCCGAGCCAUGGAUUAGGAAUAAUCAUGUUCAUUCUGGGAAACAGGCCGGUGUCUACUUCUACGAUGGAGGCUCCGGUGUCCUAGAAUCCAACGAAAUCAACGGAAAUACCCUAACAGGCGUCCAAAUCCGCACUGGCGCCAACCCACGUGUCAUAAAAAACCGAAUCUGGAAUAAUGACAACGGAGUACUGGUACAUGAAGCCGGCAUGGGAUGUUUUGAGGAAAAUACAAUUUUCGACAACUCAAUGACCAAUGUUUUCAUAAAAACUAUGGCCACACCGGUUAUCCGGAGGAAUAAGAUUUUCGGAUCUCGUGGCACCGGAAUUUCUGUUACCGACGGAGGAAAAGGGCUCAUUGAGCACAAUGAAAUAUUUGAUAAUGCUCAAGCGGGCGUCCUGGUGCUCUCUGACUCGGCGCCGAGUCUCCGUGGAAAUCGAAUUCAUGGGAAUCGAUCUGCGGGCAUUGAGGUCUCGUCUAAAGAGGAGCUGGUGUUGGCGGAGAAUCGAGUGUUUCGGAAUAGAUUUGGAGGAAUCAUGACGGCUAGCUGCUCUCAAGCAUCCGAAGACCAAAAUCAGGUGUACGACAACUUGGACCACGUGGAAAAGGCCAUCAAAAAGGGCCAAUGCCUAUUUUCGGUCAGCGGCAAGGACUUUUACCCGAUGCACAAUUUUUAUAGAUGUAUAACCUGUAACUCAUCCGACCGGAAUGCAAUAUGCCAAAGUUGCAUCGAACGGUGCCACGAGGGCCAUACAGUAAUGUUCCUGAAGUGCGAUAGAUUCUACUGCGACUGUGGUGCCGAUCAUUUGGAGCGGUCGUGUUGUCUACGGCAGACUUGAUAAAUAAUUUUUCAAAAAAAAAAAUUUUCCAAAAAUUAUUUUUCAAAAAAAAAAAUUUUCCAAAAAUUAUUUUUCAAAAAAAAAAAAAAUUUUUUUCCCAAAUUUUUUAAAUUUUCCCAAAAUAGUCACUGGUCCUAGAUUAUGCAAUUUUUCACCCUUUAAUGACAAAACCCCGCCCCCAAAACCCUCAAAAAACUUUACGGUAUGUGAUAUUAUUGUCUUUCAUCCAAUUUUUCCCAUUUCUACCCAAAAAUCGAUAAUUUUUGUAAUUUGGAAAUUUGAAAAUCAAUAAAGUAAUAAAAAACUGA